AUGGAUAGCUCUUCUAAACAGGCUGCUGUUCUUCGCAGUCCCGAGAUUUCCAAGGAAGAAAGGAGCUCCUUCAAAUCGGCUCUUCUUGCGGGGCUGAAAUCGUGUGGGAGCUCCAAGAAUCUUGGCAAGGGGAAGAAGCUCCACGCGGAUGCGAUCGAGAGGGGCCAGGAAUCGGACGUAUACGUCGCGAAUACGCUCAUCAACAUGUACGCGCAGUGUGGCGCCAUGGCCAACGCGAGCAGGCUCUUCGAAGCGAUGGCUUAUCACACGGUGGUUUCGUGGAAUGUGUUGCUACUGGGCUAUGCUACCAACGGAGAGGAAGAACUCGCGCUGGAGCUCUUUGUAGGAAUGAGGCUUGAGGGGCUGCUUCCCGACGCUUUCACCUUUGUUGCCGGAUUGAAGGCCUGCGCCAAGCUGGGAAAGUCUCGAAGGAAUGCUGGUGCUCGAUCGAAGCUGGGGUUGAUCAAAGGGAGGGCUGUCCACUCGCAAGCUGCUAGCAGCGGUCUCGACACAAACAUUCUCGUGGCUUCCAACUUGGUGAGUAUGUACGCACAGUGUGGAAGUUUGCUUGAUGCUCGGCGGAUUUUUGACAGGAUGGAGACUAGUACUCGGCUGCUGGUUUGCUGGAAUGUUUUGAUGAAUGGAUACGCGGAGAAUCAACCAGAGGUGGCACUGGAGCUUUUCGGCCGCAUGGACUGUGAACCAAACGGGGUGACGUUUUGCGCUGCUCUGAAAGCUUGGACGAGUCUAGCUGCGAAGGAACAAGGAGAUUUGCUGGUCGAUGGAAGGAUUGUUAAGGUGGUGGCUUUGGCACAGGGGAAGGCUAUCCACGAACGAGCAGCGAACUCCGGUUUUGGAUCGGACACUUACGUUGCGAGCGCGUUGGUGAGUUUCUACGCUAGGUGUGGGAGCGUCGAGGAUGCGAAGGAAGUUUUUCGGGGGGGAUCAAGUCACACAGGUGUUUGGAACGCUAUGGUACGAGCCUACGUAGAAAAUGGACUGGAAGAACAGGCUCUGGAACUCUUCGAACGCAUGAUACCGCCACCCGACGCUGUGACUUUCUUGGCAGCUCUGAAAGCUUGUGCGAACUUGGCAACCAGAGACGACGUCGAUGACAAGCUCGGUAAAGUUUUGUCACUCGAAAAGGCCAGGGCCAUCGACUGCGAAUGUGAAAAACAGGGAUUCGAUCGAGAUGUUUACAUCUCGAGCGCGCUGGUGAAUGCUUUUGCGAGAUGUGGCAGCAUGGUUGAUGCCAAGAGAGUUUUCGACAGGUUUCCGGGGACUCAAACUCUAGUGACUUGGAACGUACUUCUUCUCGGCUACGCAGAGAACGAUGACGAAGAACGGGCUCUAAACUUAUUCGCUGGCUUGCUUCGAGACAACGAACACAGCACUACAGAAGAACUUACGUUUGUCGCGGUGCUGAAAGCUUGCAUAAAUCUGGCUCUGAAGGAGGUAUGUCCAGAAGGAAGGAAGAUCAAAGCAUCGUCACUUUCGAAAGGAAAGUCUGUCCACUCGCAAGCUACGCAGCGUGGAUUCGAGAGUGGAACUCUAGUCGGGAACACGCUGAUAGAUUUUUACAUGAAGUGCGGCACUCCGGUACGUGCAUGGCUCGUCUUCCAGGCGAUGGGAUCCUCAACAGCAGUGACUUGGACGAGUAUGAUACUAGGAUCCACCGAAAACGGGGACGCAGAGUUUGCGCUGGAUUUGUUCUUCUCGAUGGAGCAGUGCUGUGUUCCCGACGCGCAAGCCAUCGUAGCAGCGCUCAAGGCUUGCACUGGCCUGGCAGCAAGAGAAGAAGGCCGAGUUUUGGAAGGCAAGCUCGUCAAGACUAAGUCUCUGGAGAUCGGGAAGGCGAUUCACAUCAAGGCUGUGGAACUCGGCCACGAAUCAAACAGCUACGUCGCGAGCACGCUGGUGGACAUGUACGCAAAGUGUGGAAGCAUGGAGAACUCCCACGAGAUCUUCUACCGGAGUCAGCAGCAGCAGCGAUCGGUGGUGUCAUGGACGGCCCUCAUCUUUGGGUACGCGGAGAACGGCGAGGCCGCGCAAGCUCUGGAGGAGUUCUCGCGGAUGAGAACGGUGGAAGCUCUUCGUCCAAACGCUCAAACUCUAGCGACCGCGCUCAGCGCGUGCAGUAGCGCUGUGGCUCUGGAGCUGGGACGAGCCGUCCACGCCGAAGCCUGCCGAUUUGGACACGAUUGCGAGAGCAUCCUCGCGAACUGCCUCAUGGACAUGUACUCCAAGUGUGGAGAUCUCGCGGCGGCGCAGCGUGUGCUCGACUCGACCGAGUUUCCCGACUCGGUGGCAUGGAACACGGUCAUCGCGGGGUUUAGCCGAGUGGGCGAUUGGAAGAUGGCGUUUGAUCUCUUUGGGGAGAUGCUGGGCCGCGGGAUUCCACCCGUCGGCGCUACGUUUGUGUGCCUCCUCACGGCUUGCAGCCACGCCGGGCUCGUCGCCAAGGGAAUGGAGUUCUUCCAGGCAAUGCAAACCAAGUAUGGGGUGUCUCCACAGAUCGAGCACUGGACUUGCCUUGUGGAUCUCCUGUGCCGCGCGUACGAGCUGGAUCACGCCAUUGCGCUCGCGCGGAGCUUGCCUUGCGGGAAAGCAGACGAGUUCGUGUGGACGACGAUCGUUAACGCGUGCAAAAUGGCGGGGAAGCAUCACAAGUCUAAAUAUCAAAAUUUUUAG